AUGGGGUUGAAAUCAACAUAUCUGGCUAUUUUGCUGGUGCUGUUGGCUCAAUUUUUAUUAGUUACAGCUGACUCAACAGUAUAUUCGAGAACUUACUGGACUGAAAAAACUGCUUCAACGUACUCAACAUCAUAUAAGACUAAUGGUCUUGUCUUUCAUGAUACUACAACUUAUUAUUGGAUUUAUACUCCUAGAGUAACAUUCUCAACUACCACUACUUCUUUUAAUACAGAUGUUCCAUCAUUAUCAACUAGUACAAUAGUUAUUACUAGCGUAGGGGCUGACGGUUAUGAAACAUAUAUCACAUCAACUUUAGUAUACUAUCCGAUUUAUACUAGUCCGACAACUAAUACUAAAAGAAGUCUCUUUUUUUCAACUUACACAUCUACCUAUUCAACCGUGUAUAACACUAUUGUUGGAGACGAUGGCUCAACAACAACAGAUAUUACAUAUUAUAUUGCUAUUCCAGAUAUGUUUUACAAGUCUACAACUACUGAAGGUUGGACUGGUAAUUCAUGGUGGACUCAUGCUACUUCAACUGUUGUUACUACAGGUAAUGAUGGGACUUUAACAACUGGUACUGUUUAUUACGUCUAUACUACAAGAAAUCCUGGUUUGACUACAUUCGUUCCAUGGACUGGAACCUAUACAACCUUCUAUUCUACCGGCUUGACGUCAUUUGGUGGGGUCAUUGGUAUUGGUCAAACUACCUCUACUUUAUAUUGGGUUUAUACUCCAUAUCGUAGGAGUACUUCCCGUACUACUACUUGGAGUUCUAUAGAUUAUACUACUACAUGGUCUACCUCCAUUUUAACUACAACUGAUGCCCAAGGUAAUGCAACAACUGAGACUAUUUACUUUGUCGCUACUCCAGUUCGUCGUGUAACAUCUACAGUUUCAACAACAAGUAAUUUUAGUUCUGAAUCUACUUACACUUAUUCCACUUUAUUUAAUACUGUAAUUGACGGGGAAGGUAAUACCACUACAGAAACUACAUACUAUGUAGCUAUUCCUACCAACUUUUUGCAUUCUACCACUACAGAUGGUUGGACUGGUAAUUAUUUAUGGACUCAUGCUACUUCCACUGUUGUUACUACAGGUAAUGAUGGCAUUUUGACAACUGGUACCAUUUAUUACGUUUAUACUACAAGAAAUCCUGGUUUGACUACAUUCGUUCCAUGGACUGGAACUUAUACAACAUUCUAUUCUACUGGCUUGACGGUAUUUGGUGGAGCUAUUGGUAUUGGUAGAACUACCUCAACUUUGUAUUGGGUUUAUACUCCUAUUCGUGAGAGUACAUCCCGUAGCACUACUUGGAGUUCUAUAGAUUAUACUACUACAUGGUCUACCUCCAUUUUAACUACAACUGAUGCCCAAGGUAAUGCAACAACUGAGACUAUUUACUUUGUCGCUACUCCAGUUCGUCGUGUAACAUCUACAGUUUCAACAACAAGUAAUUUUAGUUCUGAAUCUACUUACACUUAUUCCACUUUAUUUAAUACUGUAAUUGACGGGGAAGGUAAUACCACUACAGAAACUACAUACUAUGUAGCUAUUCCUACCAACUUUUUGCAUUCUACCACUACAGAUGGUUGGACUGGUAAUUAUUUAUGGACUCAUUCAACCGUAAUUACUGUUACUACUGGUAAUGAUGGAAUUUUGACAACUGGUACCAUUUAUUACGUUUAUACCACAAGAAAUCCUGGUUUGACUACAUUCGUUCCAUGGACUGGAACUUAUACAACAUUCUAUUCUACUGGCUUGACGGUAUUUGGUGGAGCUAUUGGUAUUGGUAGAACUACCUCAACUUUGUAUUGGGUUUAUACUCCUAUUCGUGAGAGUACAUCCCGUAGCACUACUUGGAGUUCUAUAGAUUAUACUACUACAUGGUCUACCUCCAUUUUAACUACAACUGAUGCCCAAGGUAAUGCAACAACUGAGACUAUUUACUUUGUCGCUACUCCAGUUCGUCGUGUAACAUCUACAGUUUCAACAACAAGUAAUUUUAGUUCUGCAUCUACUUACACUUAUUCUACUAUUUUUAACACGAUUACUGAUGAAGAUGGGCAAAAAUUUACAGAAACAACUUAUUAUGUUGCUAUUCCAACUAACUUUUUAUACUCUACUACUACUGAAGGUUGGACUGGUUUUUUUUUAACUACUCACGCGACAUCCAUCGUUGUUACUACUGGUGAUGAUGGUAUUCUAACCACUGGUACUGUUUAUUACGUUUACACUUCUCGCGAACCUGGUAUUACAAUAACUACCCCAUGGACUGGUACUUAUACCACUUAUUAUUCUACGUCGGUAAAUACAAAUCAUUUUAUUGGUAUCCCUGUUGGUACCACAACUUACUAUUACGUCAGGAUUCCAUAUUAUGAGACAAUCAUAUCUACUACCACGUAUAGCACACAUGAGUAUACUACCACUUAUUCUACUGAAUAUCUGUCUUUCACUGAUUUAGAUGGUAAUGUCACAACACAAAUUAUCUACCAUGUUUAUACCCCAACACGUCGUUAUUCCAGUACUUAUACCAUCAAGAGCAGUCCUUUUGGUGGGACCCUAACAUCUACAUUUGCAACUUUCUACUCUACCAUAACAGAUGAAGAUGGUAAUGAGACUACCCAGACAACAUAUUACAUCGCCAUUCCAACGGAUCUAUAUAAAACCACAACAACCGAAGUGUGGACUGGUCAAUACACUAUUACUUAUUAUAUCAGUAAAACGACAGCAAGAGGAACUGAUGGAUAUUCUACUGAGAAAACAGUUUACUAUGUCCGUACACCUACCCCUGGUGGUGGUAAGUGGAAAACAACAUAUUGGACGGGUACUUACACAACAUAUAGUCAAGAUGGUUAUACAUUAGCAUUUGGUUUCAAAGGUAUUUUCUUCGGGUUGUGGGUCUAUCCUCAAUAUUAUUUAAAAACGCCGAUUCGUAGAACAACUUUGUUCAGCUGGACUAGUAACUGGAAUCUUCAAACUACUUCUACUUCCUCUCGUGUAACUACCAUUGUCGAUGUGUUCGGGGAAUCGACAACCGAGACUAUUUACUUUGUUUUUGCGCCUGCUCCUACUGUUUCGUCAUUCAUUUACUCACAAGGUACAUUUACUUCUUCAACCACAGUGACUACGUCUACUUUUACCACUACUGUUGGUGGAGUUUAUGAUUAUUCAUGGGCCAUUGUGUAUUAUGUGGUUUUGCCGGUCGAUGUUGCACAAUCUACAGUAAUGACUCAAUGGACUGGUACAUAUGUUACAACAAGUACUAUUUUUGUAACAACUAUUACUGAUUCAGAAGGAUUUUCUUCAAUUUAUACUGUAUAUGUUGUCCAAACUCCAGUUCUAAGUCCAUCAUAUUCAUAUAUUCCUUGGACUGGAACAUACACAUCAACUGUUCAAACCAGUGUUUACACAACUUUAGAUUACUAUGAUAACUUUUUGGCUUCCUGGACCCAUACUAUAUUUAUUAUUCAAACACCUAUCCGUUUGUCUACUACCUAUGAAUUUUCAUAUUGGACAGGCACGAAUUAUUCAACUUAUUCGACUGAUAUCGUUACAAUAACUGAUGUUUGGGGAAAUGCAACUACAGAAACAAUUUAUUAUGUUGUAACACCUACUCGUGUUAUCUAUACUACUGAAUUCUUUCCACAAAGUAAUGCAGGUACUAGUACUUUCAGUACCGGGGUUACUACUUUCACCGGUAAAGAUGGCUUAGAAACAACUGAAACUAUCUAUUCCGUUCUUAUCCCAGUAGAUUCAAAAUUAAGCACCGUUUUUAGUUCAUGGGAUAAGGACUACAUAAGUGAAUUAUCUACUGUUACUUCUGGAGGAACUACUAUUAUUUAUAUCGUCACACCGAUUGACACUGGUAUUUUUAUUUACCUACCAUGGGCUGGUGACUAUACAUCCACUAUUUUGACAACUACAUCUUACAGUUUUGGUUAUUCAGGUACAUUUUUAGGUGGUUGGGAUCGUAUUGUAUAUGUUGUCGAAACACCAAUUCGUUCUGUAUUAUCUACUAGUUAUUCUGCCUGGCCAUCUCCAAAUUUGACAUCAACAUUCAAAACCAUUGUUACUACUUUUACUGGCGAAGAUAAAGAAGAAACCACUGAAACAUUAUAUUUAGUUUAUACUCCUUAUAGAGCAACCAGUACUACCACUACUACUGGGUACGGUCAAGAAGAAACAAUGACAUUUACGACUACUACAAGAACAUUUACUGGUACUGACGGUGAAGAGACUACUGAAACUAUUUAUAUUGUCGGAACACCUGAUCAUGAAAGAACUUCUACCAGUUAUACAGCUUGGUCUAGCGAUAUUUCACUGACAUUUUCGACUUUUGUUACUACAUACACGAAUGAAAAUGAUUUUGUUAUUACUGAAACAAUAUACUUCGUGAGUACACCAUACCGUUUUUACACCACCACAAGAGUAUCUGGAAUUCCUAAUAUAUUCAGAACAACAAUAUCUACAAUUCUAACAACAAUAACUGAUUCAGAGGGUAACGAAACCACUGAAACAACAUAUUUUGUAUUAACUCCUAUUCAAAAAUCUUUAUCGACUUCAUACUCAGCAGUCGAUAACAUUGAUGGUACUUUUACUUACUCUACCGAAGUGCUGACAUUGACAGAUAGUGAAGGUAAUGAGAUUACAGAAAGUAUAUAUUUUGUUCUGACUCCAAUUCGUCAAAGUAUUGUCACAUCUUUUACAGCAGGAGGUAUCAUUACUACCACUUUCUCCACAUCUAUUUUUACUACAUACAAUUCACAGGGUGAUGAGAUUACUGAAACUAUUUAUUAUGUCAUGACCCCUGCAAGAGAUAUUACCUCAACAACUUCAUCCUACUGGUCUAUGAGGUCAAUAUCCACAUAUUCCACUUCGAUUGUUACAAUCACUGAUGAAAAUGGCGACGAAGUAACUGAGACAAUUUAUUACGUAUUUGCUCCUCAUUACGAAGUUAGUAGUACUACUUAUGUCGGUGGUCCUGUAACUGCUGAAGAAACAGUUUAUACCUAUGUUACAACAUUUACAGAUAAUGAGGGGUUUUUGACAACCGAAACUUUAUUUAUUGUCGAAACUCCACUAAAAUCAUCCGAAGAAUCAUCUGAAGAAUCAUCUCUCGGAUUUUCUUCCUAUUAUAACAGUUCACUAAUUAUUUCAGAGUCUGAAUCUUCUGUCGAAUCAUCCAUUGUUUCUGAAAGUGUAAUGUACAAUACCUCUUCUAUUGAAUCUUCUGUUGAAUCUUCAAUUGCUUCUGAAAGUGUUAUGUACAACACCUCUUCUAUUGAAUCUUCUGUUGAAUCUUCAAUUGGUUCUGAAAGUGUUAUGUACAACACCUCUUCUAUUGAAUCUUCUGUUGAAUCUUCAAUUGGUUCUGAAAGUGUUAUGUACAACAGCACUUCUAUUGAAUCUUCUGUCGAAUCAUCCAUUGUUUCUGAAAGUGUUAUGUACAACACCUCUUCUAUUGAAUCUUCUGUUGAAUCUUCAAUUGGUUCUGAAAGUGUUAUGUACAACACCUCUUCUAUUGAAUCUUCUGUUGAAUCUUCAAUUGCUUCUGAAAGUGUUAUGUACAACACCUCUUCUAUUGAAUCUUCUGUUGAAUCUUCAAUUGGUUCUGAAAGUGUUAUGUACAACAGCACUUCUAUUGAAUCUUCUGUUCAAUCUGAAAGUAAAAUUUAUAAUGCAACUUCUUUCGGAUCUUCUAUUGAAUCAUCAAUCAAAUCUGAAAGUGGAAUUCCUAACAAUUCUUCAACUGAAUCAAUAGGAACCAUUGAUGCAAGUACUUACGACUCAUACGUAUCAGAAAAUUCAAAUACAUUCAACACACUCACUUCAAAUUCAACAGAAUCUACAGAAACUUCCUUACACUACUCUUCUACAAGUGUGGCAACUGGCUCUGAAAAUUCCAGAACCCAAUCAUCAAUUUUAAAUAGUACAGUUCACCAAUCUACUACAAACUCUGAAAUUUUCUCCGAAUCUGAUUCCACUGAAUUAUCAUACGAAAUAUCAACCUACACAUCCACCGAUUCUGAAGGUAAUGUUACCACCGGUACCACCACCUACCCAGUUUCUCACACCAGUGAAGAAGAAUUGACUACUUCUACUUACACUUCCACCGACUCUGAAGGUAAUGUUACCACCGGUACUACUACCUACCCAGUCUCCCACACCAGUGAAGAAGAAGUCACCACUUCUACUUACACUUCCACCGACUCUGAAGGUAAUGUUACCACCGGUACUACUACCUACCCAGUCUCCAACACUUCUGAAAAAGAAGUCACCACUUCUACUUACACUUCCACCGACUCUGAAGGUAAUGUUACCACCGGUACCACUACCUACCCAGUCUCCCACUCCAGUGAAGAAGAAGUCACCACUUCUACCUACACUUCCACCGACUCUGAAGGUAAUGUUACCACCGGUACUACUACCUACCCAGUCUCCCACACCAGUGAAGAAGAAGUCACCACUUCUACUUACACUUCCACCGACUCUGAAGGUAAUGUUACCACCGGUACUACUACCUACCCAGUCUCCCACACUUCUGAAGAAGAAGUAACCACUUCUACUUACACUUCCACCGACUAUGAAGGUAAUGUUACCACCGGUACUACUACCUACCCAGUCUCUCACACCAGUGAAGAAGAAUUGACUACUUCUACCUACACUUCCACCGACUCUGAAGGUAAUGUUACCACCGGUACCACCACCUACCCAGUCUCUCACACCAGUGAAGAAGAAGUAACCACUUCUACCUACACUUCCACCGACUCUGAAGGUAAUGUUACCACCGGUACCACUACCUACCCAGUCUCUCACACCAGUGAAGAAGAAUUGACUACUUCUACCUACACUUCCACUGACUCUGAAGGUAAUGUUACCACCGGUACCACCACCUACCCAGUCUCUCACACCAGUGAAGAAGAAGUAACCACUUCUACUUACACUUCCACCGACUCUGAAGGUAAUGUUACCACCGGUACCACCACCUACCCAGUCUCUCACACCAGUGAAGAAGAAUUGACUACUUCUACUUACACUUCCACCGACUCUGAAGGUAAUGUUACCACCGGUACUACUACCUACCCAGUCUCCCACACUUCUGAAGAAGAAGUCACCACUUCUACCUACACUUCCACCGACUCUGAAGGUAAUGUUACCACCGGUACCACCACCUACCCAGUCUCUCACACUUCUGAAGAAGAAGUCACCACUUCUACUUACACUUCCACCGACUCUGAAGGUAAUGUUACCACCGGUACCACCACCUACCCAGUCUCCCACUCCAGUGAAGAAGAAGUCAUCACUUCUACCUACAUUUCCACCGACUCUGAAGGUAAUGUUACCACCGGUACCACCACCUACCCAGUCUCUCACACCAGUGAAGAAGAAUUGACUACUUCUACCUACACUUCCACCGACUCUGAAGGUAAUGUUACCACCGGUACCACUACCUACCCAGUCUCUCACACCAGUGAAGAAGAAUUGACUACUUCUACCUACACUUCUACCGACUCUGAAGGUAAUGUUACCACCGGUACCACCACCUACCCAGUCUCUCACACUUCUGAAGAAGAAGUCACCACUUCUACUUACACUUCCACCGACUCUGAAGGUAAUGUUACCACCGGUACCACUACCUACCCAGUUUCUCACACCAGUGAAGAAGAAGUAACCACUUCUACUUACACUUCCACCGACUCUGAAGGUAAUGUUACCACCGGUACCACCACCUACCCAGUCUCCCACACCAGUGAAGAAGAAGUCACCACUUCUACUUACACUUCCACCGACUCUGAAGGUAAUGUUACCACCGGUACCACCACCUACCCAGUCUCCCACACCAGUGAAGAAGAAGUCACCACUUCUACUUACACUUCCACCGACUCUGAAGGUAAUGUUACCACCGGUACCACCACCUACCCAGUCUCUCACACUUCUGAAGAAGAAGUCACCACUUCUACUUACACUUCCACCGACUCUGAAGGUAAUGUUACCACCGGUACCACCACCUACCCAGUCUCUCACACCAGUGAAGAAGAAUUGACUACUUCUACUUACACUUCCACCGACUCUGAAGGUAAUGUUACCACCGGUACCACCACCUACCCAGUCUCUCACACUUCUGAAGAAGAAGUCACCACUUCUACUUACACUUCCACCGACUCUGAAGGUAAUGUUACCACCGGUACCACCACCUACCCAGUCUCUCACACCAGUGAAGAAGAAGUCACCACUUCUACUUACACUUCCACCGACUCUGAAGGUAAUGUUACCACCGGUACCACUACCUACCCAGUUUCUCACACCAGUGAAGAAGAAUUGACUACUUCUACCUACACUUCCACCGACUCUGAAGGUAAUGUUACCACCGGUACUACUACCUACCCAGUUUCUCACACCAGUGAAGAAGAAUUUACUACUUCUACUUACACUUCCACCGACUCUGAAGGUAAUGUUACCACCGGUACCACCACCUACCCAGUCUCUCACACUUCUGAAGAAGAAGUCACCACUUCUACUUACACUUCCACCGACUCUGAAGGUAAUGUUACCACCGGUACCACCACCUACCCAGUCUCCCACACCAGUGAAGAAGAAGUCACCACUUCUACUUACACUUCCACCGACUCUGAAGGUAAUGUUACCACCGGUACUACUACCUACCCAGUCUCUCACACCAGUGAAGAAGAAUUGACUACUUCUACCUACACUUCCACUGACUCUGAAGGUAAUGUUACCACCGGUACCACCACCUACCCAGUCUCUCACACCAGUGAAGAAGAAGUCACCACUUCUACUUACACUUCCACCGACUCUGAAGGUAAUGUUACCACCGGUACUACUACCUACCCAGUCUCGCACACCAGUGAAGAAGAAGUCACCACUUCUACUUACACUUCCACCGACUCUGAAGGUAAUGUUACCACCGGUACCACCACCUACCCAGUCUCCCACACCAGUGAAGAAGAAGUCACCACUUCUACUUACACUUCCACCGACUCUGAAGGUAAUGUUACCACCGGUACCACCACCUACCCAGUCUCUCACACUUCUGAAGAAGAAGUCACCACUUCUACUUACACUUCCACCGACUCUGAAGGUAAUGUUACCACCGGUACUACUACCUACCCAGUCUCGCACACCAGUGAAGAAGAAGUCACCACUUCUACUUACACUUCCACCGACUCUGAAGGUAAUGUUACCACCGGUACCACCACCUACCCAGUCUCCCACACCAGUGAAGAAGAAGUCACCACUUCUACUUACACUUCCACCGACUCUGAAGGUAAUGUUACCACCGGUACUACUACCUACCCAGUCUCGCACACCAGUGAAGAAGAAGUCACCACUUCUACUUACACUUCCACCGACUCUGAAGGUAAUGUUACCACCGGUACCACCACCUACCCAGUCUCCCACACCAGUGAAGAAGAAUUGACUACUUCUACUUACACUUCCACCGACUCUGAAGGUAAUGUUACCACCGGUACCACCACCUACCCAGUCUCUCACACCAGUGAAGAAGAUUUGACUACUUCUACUUACACUUCCACCGACUCUGAAGGUAAUGUUACCACCGGUACCACCACCUACCCAGUCUCUCACACCAGUGAAGAAGAAGUCACCACUUCUACUUACACUUCCAGCGACUCUGAAGGUAAUGUUACCACCGGUACCACCACCUACCCAGUCUCUCACACUAGUGAAGAAGAAUUGACUACUUCUACUUACACAUCCACCGACUCUGAAGGUAAUGUUACCACCGGUACCACCACCUACCCAGUCUCUCACACCAGUGAAGAAGAAUUGACUACUUCUACUUACACUUCCACCGACUCUGAAGGUAAUGUUACCACCGGUACCACCACCUACCCAGUCUCUCACACCAGUGAAGAAGAAUUGACUACUUCUACUUACACUUCCACCGACUCUGAAGGUAAUGUUACCACCGGUACCACCACCUACCCAGUCUCUCACACUUCUGAAGAAGAUUUGACUACUUCUACUUACACUUCCACCGACUCUGAAGGUAAUGUUACCACCGGUACCACCACAUACCCAGUCUCUCACACCAGUGAAGAAGAAGUCACCACUUCUAUUAUCGGUAGUUUAAGUUGCAUACCAUUUACAUCGUUAGAAUCUAAAUCAUUUUCGGUUAAUGCUGAUGUGACUGUAACUACUAGAUCUACAUCAUUCACGGAAUCCAUGACUAAAACCGAGAUGUCAACCGUUAUUUCUACGUACACUUCCACUGACUCUGAAGGUAAUGUUACCACUGGUACUACUACCUACCCAGUCUCCCACACUUCUGAAGAAGAAGUAACCACUUCUACUUACACUUCCACCGACUCUGAAGGUAAUGUUACCACCGGUACUACUACCCACCCAGUCUCCCACACUUCUGAAGAAGAAGUAACCACUUCUACUUACACUUCCACCGACUCUGAAGGUAAUGUUACCACCGGUACCACCACCUACCCAGUCUCCCACACCAGUGAAGAAGAAGUAACCACUUCUACCUACACUUCCACCGACUCUGAAGGUAAUGUUACCACCGGUACCACCACCUACCCAGUCUCCCACACCAGUGAAGAAGAAGUAACCACUUCUACCUACACUUCCACCGACUCUGAAGGUAAUGUUACCACCGGUACCACCACCUACCCAGUCUCUCACACUUCUGAAGAAGAAUUGACUACUUCUACUUACACUUCCACCGACUCUGAAGGUAAUGUUACCACCGGUACCACUACCUACCCAGUCUCUCACACCAGUGAAGAAGAUUUGACUACUUCUACUUACACUUCCACCGACUCUGAAGGUAAUGUUACCACCGGUACCACCACCUACCCAGUCUCUCACACCAGUGAAGAAGAAAUCACCACUUCUACUUACACUUCCACCGACUCUGAAGGUAAUGUUACCACCGGUACCACCACCUACCCAGUCUCUCACACCAGUGAAGAAGAAGUCACCACUUCUACCUACACUUCCACCGACUCUGAAGGUAAUGUUACCACCGGUACCACUACCUACCCAGUCUCUCACACUUCUGAAGAAGAAUUGACUACUUCUACUUACACUUCCACUGACUCUGAAGGUAAUGUUACCACCGGUACCACCACCUACCCAGUCUCUCACACCAGUGAAGAAGAAGUCACCACUUCUACCUACACUUCCACCGACUCUGAAGGUAAUGUUACCACCGGUACUACUACCUACCCAGUCUCUCACACUUCUGAAGAAGAAUUGACUACUUCUACUUACACUUCCACCGACUCUGAAGGUAAUGUUACCACCGGUACUACUACCUACCCAGUCUCUCACACUUCUGAAGAAGAAGUCACCACUUCUACCUACACUUCCACCGACUCUGAAGGUAAUGUUACCACCGGUACUACUACCUACCCAGUCUCUCACACUUCUGAAGAAGAAUUGACUACUUCUACUUACACUUCCACCGACUCUGAAGGUAAUGUUACCACCGGUACCACUACCUACCCAGUCUCCCACUCCAGUGAAGAAGAAGUCACGACUUCUACCUACAUUUCCACCGACUCUGAAGGUAAUGUUACCACCGGUACCACCACCUACCCAGUCUCUCACACUUCUGAAGAAGAAUUGACUACUUCUACUUACACUUCCACCGACUCUGAAGGUAAUGUUACCACCGGUACUACUACCUACCCAGUCUCCCACACUUCUGAAGAAGAAUUGACUACUUCUACUUACACUUCCACCGACUCUGAAGGUAAUGUUACCACCGGUACCACCACCUACCCAGUCUCCCACACCAGUGAAGAAGAAGUCACCACUUCUACUUACACUUCCACCGACUCUGAAGGUAAUGUUACCACCGGUACUACUACCUACCCAGUCUCCCACACCAGUGAAGAAGAAGUCACCACUUCUACUUACACUUCCACCGACUCUGAAGGUAAUGUUACCACCGGUACUACUACCUACCCAGUCUCGCACACCAGUGAAGAAGAAGUCACCACUUCUACUUACACUUCCACCGACUCUGAAGGUAAUGUUACCACCGGUACCACCACCUACCCAGUCUCUCACACCAGUGAAGAAGAAGUAACCACUUCUACUUACACUUCCACCGACUCUGAAGGUAAUGUUACCAUCGGUACCACCACCUACCCAGUCUCCCACACCAGUGAAGAAGAAGUCAUCACUUCUACUUACACUUCCACCGACUCUGAAGGUAAUGUUACCACCGGUACCACCACCUACCCAGUCUCUCACACUUCUGAAGAAGAAGUCACCACUUCUACUUACACUUCCACCGACUCUGAAGGUAAUGUUACCACCGGUACCACCACCUACCCAGUCUCGCACACCAGUGAAGAAGAAGUCACCACUUCUACUUACACUUCCACCGACUCUGAAGGUAAUGUUACCACCGGUACCACUACCUACCCAGUCUCUCACACUUCUGAAGAAGAAGUCACCACUUCUACUUACACUUCCACCGACUCUGAAGGUAAUGUUACCACCGGUACCACCACCUACCCAGUCUCCCACACCAGUGAAGAAGAAGUCACCACUUCUACCUACACUUCCACCGACUCUGAAGGUAAUGUUACCACCGGUACCACCACCUACCCAGUCUCUCACACUUCUGAAGAAGAAGUCACCACUUCUACUUACACUUCCACCGACUCUGAAGGUAAUGUAACCACCGGUACCACCACCUACCCAGUCUCUCACACCAGUGAAGAAGAAUUGACUACUUCUACUUACAAUUCCACCGACUCUGAAGGUAAUGUUACCACCGGUACCACCACCUACCCAGUCUCCCACACCAGUGAAGAAGAAUUGACUACUUCUACUUACACUUCCACCGACUCUGAAGGUAAUGUUACCACCGGUACCACCACCUACCCAGUCUCCCACACCAGUGAAGAAGAAUUGACUACUUCUACUUACACUUCCACCGACUCUGAAGGUAAUGUUACCACCGGUACUACUACCUACCCAGUCUCCCACACUUCUGAAGAAGAAGUAACCACUUCUACUUACACUUCCACCGACUCUGAAGGUAAUGUUACCACCGGUACCACCACCUACCCAGUCUCCCACACUUCUGAAGAAGAAGUCACCACUUCUACUUACACUUCCACCGACUCUGAAGGUAAUGUUACCACCGGUACCACCACCUACCCAGUCUCUCACACUUCUGAAGAAAGAAUUGACUACUUCUACUUACACUUCCAUUGA